AUGAUGAAGCUUCUGGCUUUCUUGGCUCUAGCUGCAUGUGCUUCAGCUCUAGAUACUGAAUAUUAUUGUAAUUAUACCUUGACUGGAGAUGAAUCUUUCUCCAACGCUGUUCCCAUCAACACCUUCAGAACUUCAGGUUUGGACUUAGUCCGCCCUCACUGGUGUAUCACUCAUUGCAAAGAUCGCAAAUCUGUGAAGGCUGAGAUGCUUGUCCAACCUGCCAAUCCUCAGGCCGCUGUUUUCAAUCGUCGUGUAACCUUCCUUGAAGGAGGAAAACGCAAGUAUGAAGACAAGCUUGUAAAAGGGUAUCCUGGAAAAUACGAUGUCGAAUCCGAUAACUUUUUCUGCACUGACGCAACUGUCGCCGCCACUGUUGAUGCUAUUGUUGAUAAGUACACCAACAUCGAUGAUAUGUCUGAAGCUUUGAACUUCUACAUCAACAAACCAGGAUGGGCUUACUUAAUCUAUGAGAUGGGACCCCCACCAUCACUUGGAGCCUCCGUUAAUAUCUUGCAAGAUGAUAACAUGUGUGUAAAGUCUAUUAGCAAGUCGGUCAAUGGAGCAUAUUCAACCUACAUGGUCUAUGCUGGAUUGGUUCAGCCAUAA